AUGCAUUUGUAUCCUGCUGAUCGAUCUGGCAUGGGACCACUGGACCUUUGGGUGGACAUGCAGACAGCAAAGAAAACUUGUGCCGAGUCAGAUUUCACUUGUGACAAUGGCCACUGCAUCCCAGCCAGGUGGAAAUGUGAUGGUGAAGAAGAAUGUCCUGAUGGGUCAGAUGAAUCAGAAGCAGCAUGCACCAAGCAAGUAUGUCCAGCUGAAAAAAUUAGCUGUGGAGACCUUAGCAACAAAUGUAUACCGUCGUCCUGGAGAUGUGAUGGGCAGAAGGACUGUGAAAGUGGUAUUGAUGAGGCUGGUUGCACUCCUGCGUGUUCUCCCAAUGAGUUCCAGUGCAGUAACAAGUCGUGCAUCUCCAUCAUCUUCGUGUGUGAUGGUGACAAUGACUGUGGGGAUGGCAGUGAUGAAAGAAAAUGCUCCCCUCUGACCUGCAACCCCAACGAGUUCCAGUGCAACAACAGUGUGUGCAUCCCAGAGAUGUGGGUCUGCGAUAACCAGCUGGACUGUGAGGAUCAGUCGGAUGAGUCUGUAGAGAAGUGUGGCUACGAUGCCAAGGCCCUCAACACCUGCGCAGCUCAUCAGUUCCAGUGCAGCAAUGGUGAAUGUGUCCACCUGAACUGGAAGUGUGACGGGGACGAAGACUGCAAGGACAAGUCUGAUGAGCAGGAUUGCCCUCUGGUGACCUGCCAGCCAGAUGAAUUCCAGUGUGGUGAUGGGACCUGUAUCCACGGAGCAAAGCAGUGUGACAAGGUGCACGACUGUCCUGACAACAGUGACGAGGCAGGCUGUGUCCAAGGUAUUAAUGAAUGCUCUAUGAACAACGGUGGUUGCUCACACAUAUGCAAAGACUUGAAGAUUGGUUAUGAAUGUGAAUGCCCGCUCGGGUACAAGCUUCUGGAUAAAAAAACGUGUGGAGACAUAGAUGAAUGUGAGAAUCCAGACGCUUGUAGCCAGAUCUGCAUUAAUUACAAGGGGGACUACAAAUGCGAGUGCUACGAGGGAUAUGAGAUGGACACCCUGUCCAAGAACUGCAAAGCUGUAGGCAAGAGUCCAUACCUGAUCUUCACCAAUCGCCAUGAGGUCCGUAAGAUAGACCUGGUGAAAAGGGACUACUCUCGCAUCAUUCCCAUGCUGAAGAAUGUCGUGGCACUGGACGUGGAGGUGUCAACAAACAGAAUAUAUUGGUGUGAUUUGUUCUACCGAAAAAUCUACAGUGCCUACAUAGACAAAGCGAGUGACACAGCUGAGCAGAUGAUUUUGAUAGACAGCCAGCUGAACUCUCCCGAAGGACUGGCAAUAGACUGGGUUCAUAAGAAUAUCUACUGGACGGAUUCUGGCAACAAGACCAUCUCAGUGGCCACUGCAGAUGGAAGCAGGAGGAGGACGCUUUUCAACAGUGACCUCAGUGAGCCAAGAGCCAUUGCUGUUGAUCCCACACAGAGGUUCAUGUACUGGUCUGACUGGGGAGACAAAGCUAAGAUCGAGAAAGCUGGCCUGAAUGGCAUGGGGCGGCAAGUGCUGGUGACUGACAACAUUGAGUGGCCAAAUGGCAUCACGCUUGAUUUGCUGAAUCAGCGUCUCUACUGGGUAGACUCCAAAUUGCAUUCACUGUCCUGCAUUGAUUUCAAUGGCAGCAACAGAAAAGUUCUGAUCUCUUCUGUGGACAAUCUGAGCCAUCCUUUCGGCUUAGCAGUGUUUGAGGACAGAGUGUUCUGGACUGACUUGGAGAAUGAAGCAAUCUUCAGCGCAAACAGGCUGAAUGGCUUGGACAUCUCCAUUUUGGCAGAAAAUCUCAAUAAUCCUCAUGACAUCGUAGUAUUUCAUGAAUUAAAGCAGCCCAAAGCUCCAGAUUCCUGUGAGCUCAGCCCCCAGCCAAAUGGAGGCUGUGAGUACUUGUGUCUUCCUGCACCCCAGAUCUCUCCCCAUUCUCCCAAGUAUACCUGUGCCUGUCCUGACAAUAUGUGGCUGGGUCCUGACAUGAAAAAAUGCUACAAAGAUCUUCCAACUACUUCAACUACUGUACUGGUUUCUACAACCGCAGCAUCCCGUACUGCUGGUACCACGACCAUCGCAACUGUAACUGGCAGUGCCAAUAACACCACUGAAGCCAUCCCCAAAGCUGUAUCAGAAGCUACAAUUACCACCCCAACUUUUCAUUUACCUUCUGCCACAUCCGUCCUUAUAGAUUCUGAGAUGACCACUGGAAAUAGCAAUUUAUCACAGCACUAUGCGAAUAAUGACCAAGGCUUUGAUUCAACUGUGACAGCAGCUGUUAUUGGAAUUGUCAUUCCUGUCGUGGUCAUUGGCUUGCUGUGCAUGGGGGGAUACCUCAUCUGGAGAAACUGGAAACGGAAGAAUACUAAAAGCAUGAAUUUUGAUAAUCCAGUGUAUAGGAAGACAACAGAAGAGGAAGAUGAAGAUGAAAUCCACAUUGGGCGGACUGCCCAAAUUGGUCAUGUCUACCCAGCACGUGUAGCAUUAAGCUUAGAAGAUGACGGGUUGCCAUGAGGAAGAAGUCACCGCUCCAAACAACA